UUGGCGGAAAGAACUGUGUUUAUAAAAGCCUCUUGAAGGAUUUAGUUGCGCUACAGUGCCCUGGUUGGGUUACCUAGGCUAAUAUUACCAUGCAAAUGGUAAAGUAAGUGUGAACUGAACUCAAAUGUUAUCAGAGGCUGAGGCACAACCUUUCAAAGAGGAGGGAGAAGUAUUACGACAUCAUACUGAGCUUCCCGAACUGAAGUCAAGCUAGGUAACCCACACCUAGAACCGCAGAGGACGCCGAAGGUGAACAACAGAGUUCAAGAAAAGGUUAACCAGUCUUCCGUUUUAUUGAGGUAUUUUUCGAGACAGUUCUGAAUAACUUUUAGUAAGGCUUGACGGACUUUAGCGAUGUCUCUGGCCGACCAGAGCCAGCAGUCGUAUCCUACGAGUGUCCAGGUAACGGUGCACCAGGCUCGGAACCUGCGUACGAAGGGAAAGAAUGGCACCAACGACUCCUACGCCAUCAUCCAGGUGGCCAAAGACAAGUUUUCUACCUCCGUGGCUGAGAAGUCUGUCGAUCCGGUGUGGAAAGAAGAGGCUUCGUUCGACCUGCCGCUCUUCCACCCGGGAAACGCCGAGCGCUGUACGCUGUGUAUCAUAGUAAUGCACCGUGCCCAAGUGGGGCUGGACAAGUUCUUGGGCCAAGCUGUGAUAAACCUGCUGCAGCUUUAUGACAACAAGGCUCGCAAAAAGACAGAAUGGUUCAAACUGGUGGACAAAACGGGAAAAGAGGACAAGGCACGAGGAGAGGUGCUGCUAGAUAUCCAGUUUAUGAGAAACAACAUGUCAGCCAGCAUGUUUGACCUUUCCAUGCAGGACAAACCACGCUCUCGCAUUUCCAAGAUAAAGGACAAAGUGCGUGGGAAGAAAAAGGAUGGUUUCUCCGACUCGGCCUCAGCGAUUGUGCCCUCUGUCAGCCAGGUCCUCACAGACAGUGAGGGCGAGGCUGACGCGCAGUCACUUAACCAAUCUGCAGAUGAGAAAAAGAAAUCUAAGCUCAAAAAGCUCUUUGCCCCCAAAUCAAACUUGCAGCGUAACAUCUCACAGUCCAUGUCCACACUGGGGACGCUGCCUGAGAAGAAUUCAUCUCUGAGUGGCAGCCGCUCAUCUGGUCUCAAUGUCAGCUCUCCUGAUGUUAAGAAGAAAUUCAAAUUGGGACACAAACGAACCGGCAGCUCUGACAGCAAGGUGUCUUUGGGUCCUUUUUCCCUGCUGGGCCGCUCCAAGCAGAGCAACAGUGACCUGAACAACCUGUGCAUUAACGGCAGCCAUGUGUACACAGAGGAGACAGAACCCAAGAGUGGAUCUACACUCAGUCUGAACAGCUCUGGUCGAGGCUCUGUGGAAGAUGUCCGCAAACACACUUCUGAUCUCUCUGCAGAUGCUUUCAGGAGUGUAUCUGUCCCAUCAACAGACAGAGCUUCACAAGAACAACAGCACCAUCAAGAGGAGGAGGAAAGAAGGCAAGCAGAAGAAAGGCGCAUAGCAGAAGCAAAGAGGAUGGAGGAAGAGGAGAAACACAGGGCACAGCUCAAGAGGCUGCAGGAGGAAGAGGAGCGUAGACUGCAAGAGGAACAGGAGAGGAAGAGACGCUUCCUGGAGGAUGAAGCCAGGAGGAAGAAACAGAUGGAGGAGGACGAGAGGCGAAAGCAAGAAGAGCAACGCAAGAUGAUGGAAGCAGCAGAAACUCAGCGGCUUGAGGAGGAGCGUCGUCGAGCAGAGGAGCAGAAACGUCAGGAGGAGGCGUCCAUGAGUGACAGACUGUCGUCCUUGUUCGGAAUGAUCAGGAAGAAGGAGGAGAAAAAGGAGGAGGUACAGCAACAGGCUAAAGAGGAACAGCUGCCCACCCCAGCCCGUACUUUGGAUGCGCAAGAUCCCAAUCAACCUGUCUCCCGUCAUUCCACCAACCCAUUUGAGGACAUUACCCUCAGCUCAGAUGUUUCUCUAAGCAGCAAUGUCAGCCCAACCGAUCAUCAGAAAUCCAGCAGCAAGGCACAAACCCCCUCUGCAAUGGUCUUCCUUAACCGCACCGCAAAAGUGUCUGCAGUCAAACCCAGAUUGGCUCAAUCUUUGGAGCCUGAACCUGCUGACUUCCAAACCCCCAGUCAGCUGUCUCCUUCCCCAGGCAACUCUGAGUCCAUCCUGUCCAGAGUCCCAUCUGGGUCCCCUGAUACUUUCUCCAGCCUCCACUCAUCUUUAGCUCCAAGAAAUAGCAGUCAAAGCCCACCUAGUUCUCCCCGUGGCAACACAGAGAAUUUGUCAUCUGGAUCUGAGGGGUCUUCACCCACCAUGGCAGAUCAGAACAGAAGGGCCCUCCUACCGCCCACUUACAGGAGCCAAACCAGAGGAAAUCUUACUCCUGUCAGAGAGAUUCAAAACCCGGCUUAUGAAGAGCCAGAAGAACCGCAAACAGGCAAAAAAUCUGUACCACUUCCAGAUUAUGAAACCCUCUUCCCUCAGAGGAGACACGGGGUGAAAGGGCAGCCUCGAUGGGAUAAUAUAAUUGCUGAGGUCAAUCAGAAACACAAGGGUGCACCUGCACUCUUGGGUCCUGAGAUGAGUGUGGACGGUCCAUUGGAGCAUACACCAAGUCCUAGGUCUUCUGUUUCACUGGAGACUCCUAACAUGAGGCUUUCCCAAGCUAAACCUCAGGAGACCAAACCUGUGUCAACAAAAAAAGCACCAGCCCCGGCUCCUCCUAAACCAGUGAGAUCUCCACUCCCAGAAUCAGCAGCAGAUUCCAGUCAGAAACAAAGCCCAAGUGUUUCUCAACAGUCUUCAGUGACACGUAGUCGACCUGCAUCCCCAGCAUCAGUAAUAUCGGACACUUCAAGCAGAGUUACGUCAGGAGAUGGCGCAAGAAAGGUGCUGCAACCUUCACCCACACCUGCACCCAGAACACCAAGCCAAAUGGACUUGAAUACACCACCUUCAAGUGAUCAAAGCAAAGAACAAGCCACCAUGAACAAAGAAGCACCCUCAGCUAAACCCAGACAAAGGGUCAGUGCCAACGAGCUAACAAAGGAACAACAAUCUGCUGUGAACAGUAACAUCCCAAAAGUAUCUAAUUCAAGUAUGAGCAGCACGGACAAAAAGUUAAAGGACGGCUUUGCAGAGGAGGACCCAUUCCCCAGUACUCAGCUUCUUUCCAGAGACCCAUGGACACUGCAGAAGGAAAACGAUAAUUCACUUUUUACUGGCAAUGCUAGUAGGAAGGAGGCGACACCUCGAGAUUGGGGAAUGACAGCAAGUGACUUUGAUAAAGUUUUUGGUCAAGAAAAAACACCAGAUCCUUUCGCCAGUUUUAAUGGCAGUGAUUUGAAGAAACAGAGUGAAUACAGGAAAACAGAUGAUGAGUCAAAACUAGACAGUCCUGCUUUCCAAAGAAAGAAUUCACAAAAAGGAAAGAAGAGCCUUCCAUCCACAACUCCCACACAACAGAUAAUACCCACUGCCACUCAAGGUUUCAAAGAUAUCCCACUGCUGCUUCCCAAUGAUGGGAAAACACAGAGCAGUUUCAGUGAAGGAGAGGAUCUUUUUGGAGACCGAUCUUUUUUUCAAGCUUCAGAGCCCCUUCAAGUAGUUAUGGAGGAACCAGAAAUCUUGUCUGGGGGGAAGGAAACUUUGCGAGCGAGGGUGUCACCAUCUGAGGUUCAGCCUGUCAGUACUCAGAAUAGCAAUGGAAGCGGGCUAGCAAUAAAUUCACGCAGGCCUCAUCCCGUGAAGCCUAUGAGCACAUCGGAGAGCCAGAGCAUCCACGCUAUGAAAGAGAUAAAGGUCCGGGACAGCACACCAGCGAAGAUAAAGAUGAUGGACUCUGUGGAAAGUGGACCGUACACUCAGCUGACUCAGGACGAGCUGAUCACAAUGGUGGUGAAGCAGCAGGCUGACCUUACCAAGAAGGACGCCAAGAUCGUUGAGCUUGAGGAAUACAUAGACAACCUGUUGGUCCGUGUCAUUGAGGAGAAGCCGAGUAUCCUGUAUGCCCUCAAUGCUGCCAAGCCAGUGUAAAGGAAUGUAAACGGGACUUAAUUCUGCUUCCUGUUUGUGUUUGUACUGUAUUAUAAGACAGUGUCUUAGAGCAUAUGCACUUUUUUAACUUUCAAACAAAUAGAUGCUGGAGUGUAAAAAGCAAGCAGAAAAUCUUUAUAUUAAAAAAAAAAAAGAAGAAUGUAUUUGUCCUGACACUAAGGUACUGCAGCUUGUUGCAAAAUAUACUAAUCAUUAUAAAUAAUGAAAACUGGAUUCAACUUUUAUUUAAUAAAGUAGUUUUUUUUAAGUCUUUACACUGGGCAGCCUCUAAGUGUUGCCGUGUAGUGAAUAAUCACUGUAAUCAUUCAUGUAUGUUGUCUUCCUCCACUAAAGUCUUUAUUUUUAUUUUCUUUGCCUCAUCCUUAUUAAAGCAUGUGAUCUUUUAACCACUUAACAGCAGUCAUUAUAUUGUACUCACCACAUAUGAAUGUUACCUGGAUAUCCAGUCCUUAAAGACACUGUGCCUAUUGUUGCUUCAGAGAGGUCUUACAUAGAAAACCAGCAUUGACUAAAAUAGAGCAGCUGCUAUGUUCUCAGCAGAUUUUGAAUCGUAUACAGAGUUAAGCAAUUUUGUCUCCAUUGUGCUCAUAGUUCAAAUAUUAUGCAAGUUAUACUACAGUUUCCUGUUCUCCUUAAAUUAAUUAGAAACUUUGAGCACUGUGAUGUGUUUUGUUGUCUUUUGUAAAGUAAUUUAAAAAUCAAGAUCAGAGUAAAAGUAAAAGACUCGUUUUAGUAAGUUGCCUUGUCUCUAUGUUUGAUCUUCACUAAUGAUGCCUUUACAAACUAAAACUGUUCGAUGAUAGCAUGGCAGUAAUGAUAGCAAUAUUAAUCAGUAUGUCUGUCCAGACUUGUGCCUUCAAGACCUUCUUUUCAUGUAUGAUCUGUUGUUUUUCUGGAGUGAGAGCUCACUGCAUGUACAGUCUGAUCUAUCCAGUGUCUGUAAUAUUACAGCUGAUGUAAAUGUCUGAAAGCGCUGUGUUUAUUUUCAAAUAAAGACACUAAUUAUGCC